AUGUCGUUAAUUGAUAUUAAGAAGAGAGUUACUGAGAGAGCCGAACCUUGGGGUACUUCAUUUUCUUGUGUAAAUUUGUGUGAUAGAUUUGGAAUUUUUUCAAAUUCCCGCUUAGCUGAUGCUAACGACUCGUCUAAUUUUAAUAUGAUUUGUUCGAUUGAGUUUGAUAGUUUUGGUUUUUUUGUGAGCAGUUGUGUUGGCUUAUUGGCUUUAGAGUUGGAGGUUUUAGGACUUGGUGAUUCAUCGUGUAGGUAUUCAGGUACUUUUGAUAGCUAUAAUGAAAUAUGUCACAAGGAUGUAGUGAAGAUAAAAAAACUUCCAAAAGAGUGCACAGCUUUUGUUUUUGAUGGAAUUGUUUGUAAAAAAAAUUAUGAAAUCAUGUAUGGAUCGAUACCAGAAGAUUUAGAUCACUUAAAAUCACUUAUAGAUUUUGAGGAUGGUACACACAAUGUGUACGUAUUUUAUAGACACGAAACCUUAAAAGAUUGGUCAAACGCACUUUUUUUUGGAGAUUUUCAAAUAGAAGCACAAAAAGUGCAAGAAUUUAUUGGUAAAUAUGCUGUAAAGGGAUUGAUUUUGGAUGAUAUGGAUUAUCCUGCUUUAGAAAAUUGUGAAAGCGACUUCUACGAGAAAUUUAUAGAAUAUGUAACAGCUAUUAAAUCUAAAAAUCCAGAUUUGGAAAUUGGGUUUUAUUUGAGUGCUAGAACUUUGAUACAAAGUGUAAAUAAGGAGCUCAAUUCAACUUGGUUUGAUUUUUGUAGGAUGAAUGACGUUUUGGAUUUCUAUGUGAUUGAAUUUGCUACUUUUAAUGAAUGUUCUGAUGAUUUUUUACAUGGUGGAGUUACUCCUAUUGAUUCAUUAGAUCCAGCCGUUAUGACAUUAAAUAAAUUUUCAGCUGCUUUAAAGCAAUCCACUAUUGCAAAAGAAAAAAUUUAUUUUGAAUUUUUAAUAAGCCCUAUACCGAAACCUGAACAAUUAAUUGAUAUGAACCGUUGUGUAUUAUCAUAUAACGAGUAUUGUGAAAACCGUGAUCAUUACAAAGGAUUAUGGUGUGUUGAUAAACAGGACAUAUUUUAUGAAAAAGGUAAAUUUGCCAAAAAAUAUUCAAAAGGAUUCAUAGGGAGAGAUAUAGAUUUAGUCGAUCGUGAUAAUAAAUGUGAUUGUGAUAAUAAGUACAUAACGUUUUAUAUGAUAUUAAAGGGAUAUACUUAUGCAAUUGAUCAACUAACUUGCAAAGCAUUCACUUAG